UAAAGAGAAAAUUCAUCCACCAACAGAUGGGAUUACAACAUUUAAAAUGGGGGUGAAAAACCCAGACAGACUCAAAACAAAUAUAAAUGCAUCUGUGAGGAAUAUGGUGGCAGCAACAAGUGCCUUGCAGGAAAUAAAACCCUCACAACCUUCUACGGUUACAAAUGAGUCUGCCACUAAUAAUGAACAAUCUUCAGCAGUCAAGGAAGGGAAAAUAUCUUCCACUACUAGCACUGCUGGUACCUCAACAUCAAGUGAGGCAUCAACAACAACUUCUGAAGCAAACACAUCUGUUGAAGUAUCGACAGCGACCUCAGCUGGUUUAACAAGUGCAACUGUGGAAGCUACGUUUUCAACAUCGGGAGUGACCAUGACACCCGAAUCAACCAAAGACACAAUGGAAACAACUACAGCUAUGUCCUCAAGUGUAACAGAAACUUCAACCAGUACCUCGCCGGAAACAAGUCCCUCACAACCUUCUACGAUUACCAGUGAGCCUGCCACUACAAAUGAACUAACUUCAGCAGUCACGGAAAGGCAAAUAUCUUCCACUACCGUUGGACUCUCAUCUACCCAGGGAACUGAAAGUACAACUGCAGAGCCAACUGACUCCACAACUGCAGCGGGAACGACCCUUGAAGAUCACACAACAACGUUAGAAAUGUCAACAAUUCCAGCUGAAACAACUACCAUUGUUACACAACAACCAUCAGAUAGCCCAGAGACUGUGACAAGCCCAUCGCCCACAAUCACUUCUGGUCACACAACAGUGCCCUCUGACGUUACAAGUGAGUCUCUACCUAGCACUGCUGGUAACUCAACAUCAAGUGAGACAUCAACAACAACUUCUGAAGCAAACACAUCUGUUGAAGUAUCGACAGCGACCUCAGCUGGUUUAACAAGUGCAACUGUGGAAGCUACGUUUUCAACAUCGGGAGUGACCGUGACACCAGAAUCAACCAAAGACACAAUGGAAACAACUACAGCUAUGUCCUCAAGUGUAACAGAAACUUCAACCAGUACCUCUCCGGAAACAAGUCCCUCACAGCCUUCUACGAUUACCAGUGAGCCUGCCACUACAAAUGAACUAACUUCAGCAGUCACGGACUGGCAAAUAUCUUCCACUACAAUUGGACUCUCAUCUACCCAGGGAUCUGAAAGUACAACUGCAGAGCAAACUGACUCCACAACUGCAGCGGGAACGACCCUUGAAUAUCACACAACAACGUUAGAAAUGUCAACAAUUCCAGCUGAAACAACUACCAUUGUUACACAACAACCAUCAGAUAGCCCAGAGACUGUGACAAGCCCAUCGCCCACAAUCACUUCUGGUCACAAAACAGUGCCCUCUGACGUUACAAGUGAGUCUCUAACUAGCACUGCUGGUACCUCAACAUCAAGUGAGGCAUCAACAACAACUUCUGAAGCAAACACAUCUGCUGAAGUAUCGACAGCGACCUCAGCUGGUUUAACAAGUGCAACUGUGGAAGCUACGUUUUCAACAUCGGGAGUGACCGUGACACCAGAAUCAACCAAAGACACAAUGGAAACAACUACAGCUAUGUCCUCAAGUGUAACAGAAACUUCAACCAGUACCUCUCCGGAAACAAGUCCCUCACAGCCUUCUACAAUUACCAGUGAGCCUGCCACUACAAAUGAACUAACUUCAGCAGUCACGGACUGGCAAAUAUCUUCCACUACAAUUGGACUCUCAUCUACCCAGGGAUCUGAAAGUACAACUGCAGAGCAAACUGACUCCACAACUGCAGCGGGAACGACCCUUGAAUAUCACACAACAACGUUAGAAAUGUCAACAAUUCCAGCUGAAACAAUGACCAUUGUUACACAAGAACCAUCAGCUAGCCCAGACACUGUGACAAGCCCAUCUCCCACAAUCACUUCUGGUCACAAAACAGUGCCCUCUGAAGUUACAAGUGAGUCUCUAACUAGCACUGCUGGUACCUCAACAUCAAGUGAGGCAUCAACAACAACUUCUGAAGCAAACACAUCUGCUGAAGUAUCGACAGCGACCUCAGCUGGUUUAUCAAGUGCAACUGUGGAAGCUACGUUUUCAACAUCGGGAGUGACCGUGACACCAGAAUCAACCAAAGACACAAUGGAAACAACUACAGCUAUGUCCUCAAGUGUAACAGAAACUUCAACCAGUACCUCUCCGGAAACAAUUCCCUCACAGCCUUCUACGAUUACCAGUGAGCCUGCCACUACAAAUGAACUAACUUCAGCAGUCACGGACUGGCAAAUAUCUUCCACUACAAUUGGACUCUCAUCUACCCAGGGAUCUGAAAGUACAACUGCAGAGCAAACUGACUCCACAACUGCAGCGGGAACGACCCUUGAAUAUCACACAACAACGUUAGAAAUGUCAACAAUUCCAGCUAAAACAACGACCAUUGUUACACAAGAACCGUCAGCUAGCUCAGAGACUGUGACAAGCCCAUCUCCCACAAUCACUUCUGGUCACACAACAGUGCCCUCUGACGUUACAAGUGAGUCUCUAACUAGCACUGCUGGUACCUCAACAUCAAGUGAGGCAUCAACAACAACUUCUGAAGCAAACACAUCUGCUGAAGUAUCGACAGCGACCUCAGCUGGUUUAACAAGUGCAACUGUGGAAGCUACGUUUUCAAAAUCGGGAGUGACCGUGACACCAGAAUCAAACAAAGACACAAUGGAAACAACUACAGCUAUGUCCUCAAGUGUAACAGAAACUUCAACCAGUACCUCUCCGGAAACAAGUCCCUCACAGCCUUCUACGAUUACCAGUGAGCCUGCCACUACAAAUGAACUAACUUCAGCAGUCACGGACUGGCAAAUAUCUUCCACUACAAUUGGACUCUCAUCUACCCAGGGAUCUGAAAGUACAACUGCAGAGCAAACUGACUCCACAACUGCAGCGGGAACGACCCUUGAAUAUCACACAACAACGUUAGAAAUGUCAACAAUUCCAGCUGAAACAAUGACCAUUGUUACACAAGAACCAUCAGCUAGCCCAGACACUGUGACAAGCCCAUCUCCCACAAUCACUUCUGGUCACACAACAGUGCCCUCUGACGUUACAAGUGAGUCUCUAACUAGCACUGCUGGUACCUCAACAUCAAGUGAGGCAUCAACAACAACUUCUGAAGCAAACACAUCUGCUGAAGUAUCGACAGCGACCUCAGCUGGUUUAACAAGUGCAACUGUGGAAGCUACGUUUUCAACAUCGGGAGUGACCGUGACACCAGAAUCAAACAAAGACACAAUGGAAACAACUACAGCUAUGUCCUCAAGUGUAACAGAAACUUCAACCAGUACCUCGUCGGAAACAAGGCCCUCACAACCUUCUACGAUUACCAGUGAGCCUGCCACUACAAAUGAACUAACUUCAGCAGUCACGGACAGGCAAAUAUCUUCCACUACCGUUGGACUCUCAUCUACCCAGGGAACUGAAAGUACAACUGCAGAGCAAACUGACUCCACAACUGCAGCGGGAACGACCCUUGAAGAUCACACAACAACGUUAGAAAUAACAACAAUUCCAGCUGAAACAAUGACCAUUGUUACACAAGAACCAUCAGCUAGCUCAGAGACUGUGAUAAGCCCAUCUCCCACAAUCACUUCUGGUCACACAACAGUGCCCUCUGAAGUUACAAAUGAGUCUCUAACUAGCACUGCUGGUACCUCAACAUCAAGUGAGGCAUCAACAACAACUUCUGAGGCAAACACAUCUGCUGAAAAAUCGACAGCGACCUCAGCUGGUUUAACAAGUGCAACUGUGAAAGCUACGUUUUCAACAUCGGCAGUGACCAUGACACCAGAAUCAACCAAAGACACAAUGGAAACAACUACAGCUAUGUCCUCAAGUGUAACAGAAACUUCAACCAGUACCUCGUCGGAAACAAGGCCCUCACAACCUUCUACGAUUACCAGUGAGCCUGCCACUACAAAUGAACUAACUUCAGCAGUCACGGACUGGCAAAUAUCUUCCACUACAAUUGGACUCUCAUCUACCCAGGGAUCUGAAAGUACAACUGCAGAGCAAACUGACUCCACUACUGCAGCGGGAACGACCCUUGAAUAUCACACAACAACGUUAGAAAUGUCAACAAUUCCAGCUAAAACAACGACCAUUGUUACACAAGAACCAUCAGCUAGCUCAGAGACUGUGACAAGCCCAUCUCCCACAAUCACUUCUGGUCACACAACAGUGCCCUCUGACGUUACAAGUGAGUCUCUAACUAGCACUGCUGGUACCUCAACAUCAAGUGAGGCAUCAACAACAACUUCUGAAGCAAACACAUCUGCUGAAGUAUCGACAGCGACCUCAGCUGGUUUAACAAGUGCAACUGUGGAAGCUACGUUUUCAAAAUCGGGAGUGACCGUGACACCAGAAUCAAACAAAGACACAAUGGAAACAACUACAGCUAUGUCCUCAAGUGUAACAGAAACUUCAACCAGUACCUCUCCGGAAACAAGUCCCUCACAGCCUUCUACGAUUACCAGUGAGCCUGCCACUACAAAUGAACUAACUUCAGCAGUCACGGACUGGCAAAUAUCUUCCACUACAAUUGGACUCUCAUCUACCCAGGGAUCUGAAAGUACAACUGCAGAGCAAACUGACUCCACAACUGCAGCGGGAACGACCCUUGAAUAUCACACAACAACGUUAGAAAUGUCAACAAUUCCAGCUGAAACAAUGACCAUUGUUACACAAGAACCAUCAGCUAGCCCAGACACUGUGACAAGCCCAUCUCCCACAAUCACUUCUGGUCACACAACAGUGCCCUCUGACGUUACAAGUGAGUCUCUAACUAGCACUGCUGGUACCUCAACAUCAAGUGAGGCAUCAACAACAACUUCUGAAGCAAACACAUCUGCUGAAGUAUCGACAGCGACCUCAGCUGGUUUAACAAGUGCAACUGUGGAAGCUACGUUUUCAACAUCGGGAGUGACCGUGACACCAGAAUCAAACAAAGACACAAUGGAAACAACUACAGCUAUGUCCUCAAGUGUAACAGAAACUUCAACCAGUACCUCGUCGGAAACAAGGCCCUCACAACCUUCUACGAUUACCAGUGAGCCUGCCACUACAAAUGAACUAACUUCAGCAGUCACGGACAGGCAAAUAUCUUCCACUACCGUUGGACUCUCAUCUACCCAGGGAACUGAAAGUACAACUGCAGAGCAAACUGACUCCACAACUGCAGCGGGAACGACCCUUGAAGAUCACACAACAACGUUAGAAAUAACAACAAUUCCAGCUGAAACAAUGACCAUUGUUACACAAGAACCAUCAGCUAGCUCAGAGACUGUGAUAAGCCCAUCUCCCACAAUCACUUCUGGUCACACAACAGUGCCCUCUGAAGUUACAAAUGAGUCUCUAACUAGCACUGCUGGUACCUCAACAUCAAGUGAGGCAUCAACAACAACUUCUGAGGCAAACACAUCUGCUGAAAAAUCGACAGCGACCUCAGCUGGUUUAACAAGUGCAACUGUGAAAGCUACGUUUUCAACAUCGGCAGUGACCAUGACACCAGAAUCAACCAAAGACACAAUGGAAACAACUACAGCUAUGUCCUCAAGUGUAACAGAAACUUCAACCAGUACCUCGUCGGAAACAAGGCCCUCACAACCUUCUACGAUUACCAGUGAGCCUGCCACUACAAAUGAACUAACUUCAGCAGUCACGGACUGGCAAAUAUCUUCCACUACAAUUGGACUCUCAUCUACCCAGGGAUCUGAAAGUACAACUGCAGAGCAAACUGACUCCACUACUGCAGCGGGAACGACCCUUGAAUAUCACACAACAACGUUAGAAAUGUCAACAAUUCCAGCUAAAACAACGACCAUUGUUACACAAGAACCAUCAGCUAGCUCAGAGACUGUGACAAGCCCAUCUCCCACAAUCACUUCUGGUCACACAACAGUGCCCUCUGACGUUACAAGUGAGUCUCUAACUAGCACUGCUGGUACCUCAACAUCAAGUGAGGCAUCAACAACAACUUCUGAAGCAAACACAUCUGCUGAAGUAUCGACAGCGACCUCAGCUGGUUUAACAAGUGCAACUGUGGAAGCUACGUUUUCAACAUCGGGAGUGACCGUGACACCAGAAUCAAACAAAGACACAAUGGAAACAACUACAGCUAUGUCCUCAAGUGUAACAGAAACUUCAACCAGUACCUCGUCGGAAACAAGGCCCUCACAACCUUCUACGAUUACCAGUGAGCCUGCCACUACAAAUGAACUAACUUCAGCAGUCACGGACAGGCAAAUAUCUUCCACUACCGUUGGACUCUCAUCUACCCAGGGAACUGAAAGUACAACUGCAGAGCCAACUGACUCCACAACUGCAGCGGGAACGACCCUUGACGAUCACACAACAACUUUAGAAAUGUCAACAAUUCCUGCUGAAACAACGACCAUUGUUACACAAGAACCAUCAGCUAGCCCAGACACUGUGACAAGCCCAUCUCCCACAAUCACUUCUGGUCACACAACAGUGCCCUCUGAUGUUACAAGUGAGUCUCUAUCUAGCACUGCUGGUACCUCAACAUCAAGUGAGGUAUCAACAACAACUUCUGAAGCAAGCACAUCUGCUGAAGCGUCAACAUGGACGACAGCUGGUUUAACAAGUGCAACUGUGGAAGCUACGUUUUCAACAUCGAGAGUGACCAUGACACCCGACUCAACCAAAGACACAAUGGAAACAACUACAGCUAUGUCCUCAAGUGUAACAGAAUCUUCAACCAGUACCUCGUCGGAAACAAGGCCCUCACAACCUUCUACGAUUACCAGUGAGCCUGCCACUACAAAUGAACUAACUUCAGCAGUCACGGACAGGCAAAUAUCUUCCACUACCGUUGGACUCUCAUCUACCCAGGGAACUGAAAGUACAACUGCAGAGCAAACUGACUCCACAACUGCAGCGGGAACGACCCUUGAAGAUCACACAACAACGUUAGAAAUAACAACAAUUCCAGCUGAAACAAUGACCAUUGUUACACAAGAACCAUCAGCUAGCUCAGAGACUGUGAUAAGCCCAUCUCCCACAAUCACUUCUGGUCACACAACAGUGCCCUCUGAAGUUACAAAUGAGUCUCUAACUAGCACUGCUGGUACCUCAACAUCAAGUGAGGCAUCAACAACAACUUCUGAGGCAAACACAUCUGCUGAAAAAUCGACAGCGACCUCAGCUGGUUUAACAAGUGCAACUGUGAAAGCUACGUUUUCAACAUCGGCAGUGACCAUGACACCAGAAUCAACCAAAGACACAAUGGAAACAACUACAGCUAUGUCCUCAAGUGUAACAGAAACUUCAACCAGUACCUCGUCGGAAACAAGGCCCUCACAACCUUCUACGAUUACCAGUGAGCCUGCCACUACAAAUGAACUAACUUCAGCAGUCACGGACUGGCAAAUAUCUUCCACUACAAUUGGACUCUCAUCUACCCAGGGAUCUGAAAGUACAACUGCAGAGCAAACUGACUCCACUACUGCAGCGGGAACGACCCUUGAAUAUCACACAACAACGUUAGAAAUGUCAACAAUUCCAGCUAAAACAACGACCAUUGUUACACAAGAACCAUCAGCUAGCUCAGAGACUGUGACAAGCCCAUCUCCCACAAUCACUUCUGGUCACACAACAGUGCCCUCUGACGUUACAAGUGAGUCUCUAACUAGCACUGCUGGUACCUCAACAUCAAGUGAGGCAUCAACAACAACUUCUGAAGCAAACACAUCUGCUGAAGUAUCGACAGCGACCUCAGCUGGUUUAACAAGUGCAACUGUGGAAGCUACGUUUUCAACAUCGGGAGUGACCGUGACACCAGAAUCAAACAAAGACACAAUGGAAACAACUACAGCUAUGUCCUCAAGUGUAACAGAAACUUCAACCAGUACCUCGUCGGAAACAAGGCCCUCACAACCUUCUACGAUUACCAGUGAGCCUGCCACUACAAAUGAACUAACUUCAGCAGUCACGGACAGGCAAAUAUCUUCCACUACCGUUGGACUCUCAUCUACCCAGGGAACUGAAAGUACAACUGCAGAGCCAACUGACUCCACAACUGCAGCGGGAACGACCCUUGACGAUCACACAACAACUUUAGAAAUGUCAACAAUUCCUGCUGAAACAACGACCAUUGUUACACAAGAACCAUCAGCUAGCCCAGACACUGUGACAAGCCCAUCUCCCACAAUCACUUCUGGUCACACAACAGUGCCCUCUGAUGUUACAAGUGAGUCUCUAUCUAGCACUGCUGGUACCUCAACAUCAAGUGAGGUAUCAACAACAACUUCUGAAGCAAGCACAUCUGCUGAAGCGUCAACAUGGACGACAGCUGGUUUAACAAGUGCAACUGUGGAAGCUACGUUUUCAACAUCGGGAGUGACCAUGACACCCGAAUCAACCAAAGACACAAUGGAAACAACUACAGCUAUGUCCUCAAGUGUAACAGAAUCUUCAACCAGUACCUUGCCGGAAACAAGUCCCUCACAACCUUCUACGAUUACCAGUGAGCCUGCCACUACAAAUGAACUAACUUCAGCAGUCACAGACGGGCAAAUAUCUUCCACUACCGUUGGACUCUCAUCUACCCAGGGAUCUGAAAGUACAACUGCAGAGCCAACUGACUCCACUUCUGCAGCGGGAACGACCCUUGAAGAUCACACAACAACGUUAGAAAUAACAACAAUUCCAGCUGAAACAACGACCAUUGUUACACAAGAACCAUCAGCUAGCUCAGAGACUGUGACAAGCCCAUCUCCCACAAUCACUUCUGGUCACACAACAGUGCCCUCUGACAUUACAAGUGAGUCUCUAUCUAGCACUGCUGGUACCUCAACAUCAAGUGAGGUAUCAACAACAACUUCUGAAGCAAGCACAUCUGCUGAAGCGUCAACAUGGACGACAGCUGGUUUAACAAGUGCAACUGUGGAAGCUACGUUUUCAACAUCGAGAGUGACCAUGACACCCGACUCAACCAAAGACACAAUGGAAACAACUACAGCUAUGUCCUCAAGUGUAACAGAAUCUUCAACCAGUACCUUGCCGGAAACAAGUCCCUCACAACCUUCUACGAUUACCAGUGAGCCUGCCACUACAAAUGAACUAACUUCAGCAGUCACAGACGGGCAAAUAUCUUCCACUACCGUUGGACUCUCAUCUACCCAGGGAUCUGAAAGUACAACUGCAGAGCCAACUGACUUCACUUCUGCAGCGGGAACGACCCUUGAAGAUCACACAACAACGUUAGAAAUAACAACAAUUCCAGCUGAAACAACGACCAUUGUUACACAAGAACCAUCAGCUAGCUCAGAGACUGUGACAAGCCCAUCUCCCACAAUCACUUCUGGUCACACAACAGUGCCCUCUGACAUUACAAGUGAGUCUCUAUCUAGCACUGCUGGUACCUCAACAUCAAGUGAGGUAUCAACAACAACUUCUGAAGCAAGCACAUCUGCUGAAGCGUCAACAUGGACGACAGCUGGUUUAACAAGUGCAACUGUGGAAGCUACGUUUUCAACAUCGAGAGUGACCAUGACACCCGACUCAACCAAAGACACAAUGGAAACAACUACAGCUAUGUCCUCAAGUGUAACAGAAUCUUCAACCAGUACCUUGCCGGAAACAAGUCCCUCACAACCUUCUAAGAUUACCAGUGAGCCUGCCACUACAAAUGAACUAACUUCAGUAGUCACAGACGGGCAAAUAUCUUCCACUACCGUUGGACUCUCAUCUACCCAGGGAUCUGAAAGUACAACUGCAGAGCCAACUGACUCCACUUCUGCAGCGGGAACGACCCUUGAAGAUCACACUACAACGUUAGAAAUGUCAACAAUUCCAGCUGAAACAACGACCAUUUUUACACAAGAACCAUCAGCUAGCUCAGAGACUGUGACAAGCCCAUCUCCCACAAUCACCUCUGGUCACACAACAGUGCCCUCUGAAGUUACAAGUGAGUCUGUAACUAGCACUGCUGGUACCUCAACAUCAAGUGAGGCAUCAACAACAACUUCUGAAGCAAACACAUCUGUUGAAGUAUCGACAGCGACCUCAGCUGGUUUAACAAGUGCAACUGUGGAAGCUACGUUUUCAACAUCGAGAGUGACCAUGACACCCGAAUCAACCAAAGACACAAUGGAAACAACUACAGCUAUGUCCUCAAGUGUAACAGAAUCUUCAACCAGUACCUUGCCGGAAACAAGUCCCUCACAACCUUCUACGAUUACCAGUGAGCCUGCCACUACAAAUGAACUAACUUCAGCAGUCACAGACGGGCAAAUAUCUUCCACUACCGUUGGACUCUCAUCUACCCAGGGAUCUGAAAGUACAACUGCAGAGCCAACUGACUCCACUUCUGCAGCGGGAACGACCCUUGAAGAUCACACAACAACGUUAGAAAUAACAACAAUUCCAGCUGAAACAACGACCAUUGUUACACAAGAACCAUCAGCUAGCUCAGAGACUGUGACAAGCCCAUCUCCCACAAUCACUUCUGGUCACACAACAGUGCCCUCUGACAUUACAAGUGAGUCUCUAUCUAGCACUGCUGGUACCUCAACAUCAAGUGAGGUAUCAACAACAACUUCUGAAGCAAGCACAUCUGCUGAAGCGUCAACAUGGACGACAGCUGGUUUAACAAGUGCAACUGUGGAAGCUACGUUUUCAACAUCGGGAGUGACCAUGACACCCGAAUCAACCAAAGACACAAUGGAAACAACUACAGCUAUGUCCUCAAGUGUAACAGAAAUCUUCAACCAGUACCUCGCCGGAAUCAAGUCCCUCACAACCUUCUACGAUUACCAGUGAGCCUGCCACUACAAAUGAACUAACUUCAGCAGUCACAGACGGGCAAAUAUCUUCCACUACCGUUGGACUCUCAUCUACCCAGGGAUCUGAAAGUACAACUGCAGAGCCAACUGACUCCACUUCUGCAGCGGGAACGACCCUUGAAGAUCACACAACAACGUUAGAAAU